AUGGAAUUUUACAUACCUCCCCAAGGACUUUUUUUCAGGCUUCAAAAUUAUAAAACUAAAUAUGCCAUCUUUUCUAGAAAUUCUUUAUUUCCUAAUUUUUAUCAUUAUAAAAGUGUCGAUAAGUAUGACGAUCAGUAUUGGACCUUGAUUCCAGGAACAGGAAAACACUCAGGAUAUUUCAGAAUUGAGAAUUAUGUUACCAAUGCCGAUAAAUAUGAUGACCAGUAUUGGACCUUGAUUCCAGGAACAGGAAAACACUCAGGAUAUUUCAGAAUUGAGAAUUAUGUUACAAAGUAUGCGAUUUUUUCCAGAUUCUCUACAAGUCCAAAUUUUUAUCAUUAUAAAAGUGUCGCAAAAUAUGAUGAUCAAUAUUGGACCUUUAUAUUUGAAAAUAUGAUUGUCGAAGGCGUAGAUUAUAAAUUUGAUGAGGGGAAAGUAUUAAAUGUAAAAUCCAUACAUAUCGGAAGACAAACUUUAACGAAUAAUACUGAUGCAAUACAAACGAUGGCGUUUAAGGUAUCAGAAAGUCAAAGACACACGUCGAAAUUCGAACAUACUUCUGGAUUCUCCUUGACAAUUAAAACAGAGUUCAGCGUUGGAAUUCCAGAAAUAAUGAAAGCGGACAUAGGUCUUGAAGUAACAACAACUAGUAAUACGUAUACCUAUGGCGAAGAAAUAAGUUCCGAAAAAAUUUAUUUAGCAGAAUUUCCCGUUAAUUGUCUUCCUAAAAGCAAAGUAGUUGCUGUUGCAACAAUUAACAAAGGCAAUUUAACCGUACCUUAUAUAAUGCAUCUUAAAUCAAAGAACACAGGAUUUAAAAUAGAUACCUAUGGCACUUACUCAGGCGUGACAACUUGGAAUUUGGGGUAUACGGUUGAUCAGAUUUCUGAUGAACAAAUAUCAAGUUGA